AUGUAUAUUAAUGUCUUUGUUUCCUGCGCUUCGUGUAUCCACGAUGGUCUACACUUAGAAACAGUUCGCCGUGGAAAAGUGGUUAACAACCCCACCUGAACUGCCGGGCGCGGCCUUUCCCCUUCAUCUAUAAAGCCACUUGGAAACCAUUUCCACCGAACAUUCACUCAGCGCUUCGUCACUCAUUUGUUCACCAUGUGGCUGCUUAUCCUCGCAGGUCUUUUAGCGAUUUCUGUUGCACAAGAAACGGUUUCUACUGUAGCUGAGAAAUCAUCUCAAAAUGCGGACGAUAUUGUCAUGUUGGAAAUCGAUGUUAAGGAGCCUGUGAAGAGAUCACCGCUUACGGCUAACACCGAAUAUGGAGCCUCGCCUAAUCAAUACAUUCUUCAAAAUGAUGGUACUCAAGAGAUACCACAGGAGUACCUAUCUGUGAUACAACAGUACGCUCAAGAACAACCCCAGCCACUUCCCCCGCAACGCAACCCGCAGCCAGCCUACGCGAAACAACAGCAAGCCCUGCAACAAGCUUACUACAACUACCGUAAACCAACGGUGGUUCCACCUAGACCUCGUCCUCAACUCAGUCCUCAGGCACUAGCGCAAGCUGAAGUGAAUGCAGAAAUACAAGCUCAGGUCGAAGCACAGAAUCGCGCGGAAGCCAUUCGCACUGCCCGUCUGGGCAGUAAUCCUCCUCCCUCUUAUCAACAACCGUCCCAACCGAAAUUAGGAACUUUCGAGCAAGAAUUACUGCAGCUGGUCUCUGCCAAUCAGGCGGAAGAGUUCAAAUUACUCCCAACGCAACCUAAAGGCAGCACCUCCGUUUAUUCUCAGCAAUUAGUGAGUUAUCCCGUUCAGUACGCGAAGCCAGCUGCACCGGCACCUCAGCUGUCCGAGCAGUAUCACAUCGAGACAUCCCCUCCUCGUUAUCAGCAACCGCAACAACCGAUAGCUUCUUACCAAUCCGUCGAGGAACCCGUUCAGUAUCAACCCGUCCAACAAGCCAAAGCUUACAACCCUGCACCGCAGUACGACUAUAUCGAUGAUGACGCGCAAUUGAAAGCCCUCGAACAGGCACAAGCUCAAGCUCAAGCUCAGGCACAAGCUCAAGCCCAGGCUCAGGCUCACAACGAUGCACUGGCAUUCCAGAAAAUCGCGCAAGCUGCUUACAAGAAGCACCGAUACGAUGCUUUGGAGCAAAUAAGAAUCCACAGUGGUGGUCAGCUGCCCGAAGCCAUAAGGCAACCGUCUGCGCUGGAACAGAUUCAGCACGGUGCGCAAGUGAGCAACGCCGGGCGGUACCAUUUGCACGAACAAUUGACCCCGAAGGGCGCGGAGACCGCGUACAGAGCGAAACUGAAGGCACAAGCAGCUGCGGAAACGGCCGAAGCCAGGAAACAACAGCAGGCUGCGGAGUUUAAGGCCCACGCAGAUGCCAUUCGCAAACUGGAGGCCCAGCAGCAGGUCCAUCUGAAAAUACAGGAGCAAGUUCACAAUUAUGCGCUGAACUUCGAGAAGAAUCUGAUGCGCGCGCAGGAAAUAGCGCAGGCACAAGCCGAGGCUCUGUACAAGUCCCAACAGCAAGCUAGAAGUCAAGUUAACAAUGAGAUCUUGGCGAUAUCGAAAGGUCAGGUUCAAGGAAAAAAAGUGGACGCCGAGUCACCGUUGUAUCAUUACACUCUGUCAACGACCACUCCUCUUCCUCUGCUCAACAGCUACUUCACCAAUGAUCAGUUGCAGAAGUACCAAGCCUCCGGUUCCUCCCAUGUCCCCAGAUCCGUUCCAAAGCCCGAAAACCCUGUUGAAUCCGCCAUCACCCAACCGCGACAAGCGCACAAGUUGAAGAUCCCAUCUAAUUCGCAGUCCGUUUACGUCUCCGAGUCUGGUUUGUUAAAGAAAUCGCCCAUCAAGUCGAUAACUAUAGAGGAAGUCAUUGAGCCGGAUCAACCCAGCGGCCAUGUUAUACUCCAAUCGGCGGCAGCCAAGGGACGUACUUUAACCGAGGCUGAUAUUUCGGCCUUGAUCAAUCAAGGAUACACCGUUACUCCUGUACCCCCGCCUGCGAAGCCUCUUCAACAAGUAUACGCCGUUGAAAAUUCGUCCGCAGGAUAUUACUCGAAAAAGCAGAAGGCUCCUGUUUCGAGACCCGAGUACAUAACGUAUGAAGAAGUGCUGCAGCGUCCGCGUAAGCUUGUUAGGAAAAACAAAUCGAUUGUGAAGGAUGAGAAAGAUAGUGAUGCCAGUGAAAAAGUUACGUAUUUGGUACCUAUUGAACCUUCCUUUGGUACACGACAACCUUCCAUUAAACAUCAAGAGUAAUUCCAUCUAGAGAUUUUGCUUGUCGCCAUCGGGUACAGGUAACCCUCCUAUAGCAUGGUUGGAGAGGAUUCUAGAAUGUCCUAGGCUCUAUCUGGACUCCUAUCACCAGGAUCUUCUAGGUUCUGUCUAAAAUCUUAUAUUCUUUCUAGGAUCUUCUCGAUUCUCCCUAGGUUUCCUACGAGAACUCUUUCGAUUUUCUGCAAAUUCUGGAUUAUACCUACAUUACCUAAGAUUUCUUUAACUCCUCAUAAGUUUUUCUUGUACUCUAAACCACCCUAAAUUCUUCCCGAGAUUUAAUUACGUAAUUAUCCCUACGAUUUUCGUAGAAUUUUGGACUUCAUAUGCAAUUUUCCUAGAUUCUACCUAAGAUCUCCCUAGAUUCUACCUCAGAUUUGCCUAAGAUUCUAUCUGAGAUCUUCCCAAGUAUUCUACACUUCUCCUCAAUUAAGGGAGACCCAAAUUGCACGUGACAACUGCAAUGUUAACUUCUAUUUAAUAAAAGUAAGUGUAGUGGGAUGAGUCUAACACCAUUUAAGAAAAUCUAGGAUACAAAAGAAAACCUAACCUAAACAUCUCACCCUACAAACAGGUUGCUACAACAUUUUUAAACAAAUAUUUUAUGGAAAACCAAAAAACGAGUUUUCGUAAUUUUUGUGUUUUGUUAGAUUUGAAGUAUCUCGUUCUACUUUUAACACAAAAUGUGAUAUUUUAUUA